AUGGGGCUUGUUGGGUACCUCUUUUCCUUUAUGGGAAUGAUGAAGAUGAUAACGGGUUGUAUGGCUUUACUUGGAGCAAUUUUGGUGCAAACAGCGAUAAAUGUGAAAAUCAACUGGGACCUGCAAUAUUUUCAUCUUUAUCAACCCCUACAGUUUACAGCGGCUUCUGGUUAUAUUAUAUUCUCAUAUCACGCUAUUACCUUUUUCAUUUAUGGAGCGGAGUUGGAUCGAAAAUUCAGCUGGAUGCAAAGUUUUAACUGGGAAAAAAUCGAACUGCUCUGCUGCUGUGGAUGCUGUGCUUUUGCUCUGAUUGGGGGAGUUACUGGCAUUGCUGUGGCUGUAAAAGAUAAGAAUCAAGAAGUAGGUCGAGUCAGCUUCUUGUAA